AUGGCGAUCAAUGAUUGUGCUCUUACCAUUGCAGGCGCAAUGGCAGCAAAUUGUGUCGAUCCAGUUCUGCACCAAUGUCAGUAUUUGUUUCGCUACAGAAGCAACGUUCUAACUCUGAGGGAUGAGAUGAAAAAACUUGAACUAAAGAAAGCUGAUGUGCAACAAUUAGUUGAUGCAGCAAUUAACAAUGGUAAAUCAAUUAAACCAAAUGUCAUUGACUGGCUAAAACAAGUUGACGAUCUAAAGAAAGAGGCAGACGCCAUUUUUAGGCAUAUGGAAAAUGUCAAGAUGAAUUGCCUUAAUGUCAGGCUUCCAAAUUUGAAGUCACAUUAUUUGCUAGGCCGAGAUGCUGACAAAAGAAAAAAUGCUGCUCAAAAACUUCUGAGCGAGGGGCAAUUUGAUGAAGUUGGAUACACUGCUCCAUUAGAGAAAAUGUCUUUUAGUGAAUCAACCCUACUCUUAGAGGAAGGACUAGCUACUCUGAUGUCAACAAAGAAGGAAGUGAUGAGAGUUCUAGAGCAGGACAAAACAAAUCUUAUUGUGAUUUGUGGUAUGGCUGGUGUUGGCAAGACUACCUUGGUGAACCAAAUUGCAGACCAAGUUAAGUAUGGAAAAUUAUUUUAUAAGGUGGCCAUGUUAACUAUGUCUAAAAAUCCAAGCAUGAGAAAUGCUCAAAAUCAGCUUGCUGAGCAGUUAGGGGUGCAAAUUCCAGCACAUAUUGAUGGUGCCAGAUUUGGACAAACAAUAUAUAAUAAACUAAGUGGGAGAGUUCUUGUUAUAUUGGAUGAGAUUUGGAAAGAAGUUGACUUCAAGAGUCUUGGGAUUCCUGUUAGCGAGAAGAUAAAAGUUAUAGUGACAUCUCAGUCCCCCUGUGUUUGCAGGAACAUGGGAGCUAAAAUUGUUGGGGUUAAUGCCUUGCCUGAGGAAGAAGCAUGUUAUCUUUUUAAAGCGGUUGCAGGAAUUUCUGAUGAUUCUGUUUUGAGUGAUGUUGCAAAACAGUUUGCAGAGGAAUGCAAAGGUAUACCUCUCGCGCUUGUUGUUGUCGCCAGGGGAUUAAGGACUAACUGUAAAACACUAAAAUCCUGGGAACUGGCCCUUGGACAGCUGCAAAAAUACACAUUCAGAGAAUUCGAAGGAGAAAAAGAUUUGGUUUUGUUUCCAGAAGAUUAUAGCAUUCCAGUUGAAUGUUUGGUCAGGUACGGCAAAGGGCUAGAUUUGUUCAACGAGAGAGACACGUUAGGUGAUGUAAGAAGCAGAGUAGACGUGCUUGUUAAUGACCUCAGGAAUUACCAUUUGUUGCUGGAUGAUAGUGAAAGAGAAGACCAUGUAAAAUUGCAUGAUGUCGUGCGAGAAACUUGCUUGAAAAUUGCAUCAAAAGGCGAGCAUGUAUUUUUGGUAGGGAAUGCUAGAGAGGAAGAAAGGCACCAACUACCGGAUUCAUUUGGUCCUUACACGGCUAUUUCACUAACAUUAGAAGGUUCCAUUAGACUAUUUCCAUUUGGCGAGGAAUGUCCAAGGCUUAAGCUAUUGCGUUUGGUAUUCCAAUCAGGCAAAGUGAACCUAUCAAAAGAUGCUUUCGAAGGAAUGGAAGAUCUCAGGGUCAUGGAGUUAAACAAUUCACACGCAGAAUUUUCGCUAUCAUGGCCAGGCCAAAUGUUAACGAGCCUUCGGACAUUGUGCCUGGAUUAUUGUGUAUUGGAGACUGGAACGUCAUCAAUGCUUGGAUAUAUGAUGCAAUUGGAAAUGUUGAGCUUCUUUAAAUCCAGACUUCAAGAUGAUCAGUUUCCAGUAGAGAUUGCUCGGUUGAGUAAUUUAAAGUCGUUGGAUUUGAGGGUCGAACGAAGUCAGCAGCCGUUGCCUCUUGGUAUCCUGUCAAGCUUGAAGAAACUAGAAGAAUUGUAUAUGGGAUCUCCUCACCAUUUGCGGCUGGGGAGAGACAAAGAAGAAGAAAGAGGAUGCCUUGAAGAGAUAGCAUCACUCUCUUGCCUUGAGUGUCUCCAAAUUCAUGUCUAUGACCUUAACCUCCUAUUUCAGUUAUUGCACCAACUUCCUAUUCAGAGGUUUGUAUUUAAACAAGCAUUGGAUCCUAUAGUUAGCAGCAUUGUUAAGAGAGCAGAGAAUCUCACUUUUGAGGGCGUGCCCUGCUUGAGGAAUCUGGUGAGAGACUUGGAUGAAGAUGGAUUUGUCAACCUGAGAAGGCUUAAAUUAGACCAUGAGGUACACCAAUGCCUUAUUGAAUCCACCACCAAUUUAGUUGCUCGACAGGUUUUUGAAAAUUUGGUGUUCAUGGAAUUAGAUCAUGUGAAUUUGGAAGAAAUAUGUCGUGGGAAUCUUCCACCUCGGUGCUUCAGUCAACUUCGGGAGAUGAAACUUAAGUACACAAAUAUUAAGCAUUUGUGGAAGGGGCCAAUUGAACCUCCGUCACUUUGCAGCCUCAGAAUUGUUGAGCUAAGAUACUGCCAUCGAAUUGUAACUCUCUUCUCACAAUCAACGCUGAAAUGUCUAGUGAAACUCCAAAAGCUAGUAGUUCAUCAGUGUACAAACUUGGAAAGCAUUGUCAUGAGGGAAGAAAGUGUGAACGAGGAAGUGCUUGAGCUACCCCUACUCGAAACUUUAGUGAUGCAAGAAUCAGGCUGCUUGUGUUUUGACUCCAAACGUGAAACAGCCAGAGCUUUUCUCAACCAGGUUUCGCUGCCUCGCCUGGAAGGACUACAGAUUAAAACUUAUAGGCAUCGCCCCAAAGAGUUAGUGGGAGAUGGAAUGCAUAGCGGGUAUCUUGAGAACUUGAAGUAUUUGCAGAUCACCGAUAGCUGUAUCGGAUGCAUUGCCAAAGCUGAUGGGAACUCGAAAUUCUUCCCAAACUGGAGUCAUUGGAAUUACAACAAUCCUCAGGAUUAA